AUUUUGUACAAACACUAUUAGGUAAAAAACAAAACAAAAAAACACACUUGAUUUAUUUUCUUUUCCUUCAAAGAUGUCCACACAAUCGCAGUUGUUUUUAAGUACGAGGGGAUUUAAAUGCAAUCGUUUGAAAACCUUUUGGAAAAGACGAAAUUCAAGCUAUGAGACAUUGAUACUCCUGUGUGCUAAAAAUAUAACUGGCUGCUAUUCCUAUGUUGGCUACGCUGCUUAUAUUGGCUGCCAUAGCCGGGAAUCCUUGCACUCUCGUAUUACGUCAUAAGGCUUAACCGGCAGUAAUAAAUAGCGACGGAAAACUGUACCUAACUAUCUUUCUUUUUAGGGAUCCGUUCCCGAUGGGGGAAAAUAUGGAAACCUGAUAUCCUGGCUAUCGUUCCAGAUGACCUACAAAGUUCAAAUUUGGCAUGCAGAUGAGUAAUUAGCUCACUUCAGACGAGAGCAGAAUCAAUAAAUCUCCCGAGAGCAACCGGUGACCGACGACGCUGCGAGGAAAAAUAAACAAAUAUCAAAAUCUCUAACAACUGAUCCGGAAUAAAUCUCGUUCGAAAAAUGGCAGGGCGAAUGAGGCGUGGACGUGGUCGUGGCGGCACGAGGUGGGACUCGCCGCAUGAGCCGGAGCCCGAGGACACACCGACCUCGCUGGCCGGUGACAGCGUGGCGCUGGCCGUCUUCAAGGCCGCCACCGUGCAGCUCAACGAGCGCCAGGACCGCCACGAGAAACUCGUCAAGAUGUCGCGUGACGUCACCAUCGAGAGCAAGAGGAUUAUCUUCCUGCUGCACUCCCCCGUCAAGAAAGAAGGCUACGAAAAAGCCAUUGAAGACGCCAAGAUUCGUCUCGACAAGCUUGUCCAAGGCCCGCUGAAGAGCAUCGGCUUGGAGCUGGAGCAGAGCCCGGCAUACCUGCACCACCGCGCUGUGACUGCUGGCUUGCAGGAGUACAUUGAGGCGAGGACUCUGUACUCCAUUACAUCUACUGGAACGAUCUUGUCGUACGCGGAGGCUCAGAAAGAGCUGGAAUAUGUGGUGACGGAGAAGGAGGAGUCGCGGACCGUGGUGACGCUGUUGCCGCACACCGACUACAUGCUGGGGGUGGCUGACCUCACCGGAGAGCUGAUGCGCAGGGCCAUCAACAGCAUCGCCGACAACAACCCUGACUACGUCCACCAGGCUAGCAGCAUUGUUAGGGACCUGUACACUGGCUUUCUGGGUCUAUCGCAUUGCCGGCUGUUGUCCCGCAAGCUCCCGACCACUCGCUCCAACGUGAGCAAGGCUGAGAUGGCGGUGUACGGGCUGAAGCUGCGCGACGAAUUCGGCCACCCACCAGGAGCUACCCUCGCCGAGGCUAACAUCGAGCAUCCCGGCAUGCUCGAAGAUGCAGAAGGCGACGACGGAUUUUAUUAAAAAAACUGUCGAACCUAUUCUAUUCUAUCUUAGCUAGUUAGUCAAAUUACAUCUCAAUGUCUAUUACCUAUUCUUCUAAUAAAUACCUUCCUCUCUGAAAACAGUGUUUUCUUGA